GGCGGCUCUUCUUCCGGCUGAAUAACUCGUUGCUGAGGAGCUGCUGAAGGAUGGAGUGGUUCAUCGUGGUGCUGAUGCUGAGCUUGUCACCCUCUGUGCACGCACACUGCUCGUCACUGUGUUUGAAAUGUGCGCAGCAGAUCUUCACACAAGCCGCCUUCAGUAACCCGCUGUGCACUGCAGACUGCUGGGAGCAGAUAGACCGCUGCAGUCCCAACCAGGCUGAGGACGACCAGAACCAGCAUGUGGACCCAGUCCACAUCCAGAGGACAGGAGGCCAGAAUGUCCUGCUCCGCACACUGGAGGAGUGGCUGCAGGAGGUGGAGGACUCUGACGCGGAUGCUCCGGAGGACGAGCAGCGAGUCCACGUCAAACGUUAUGGCGGCUUUUUACGCAAGUUCAGUCCCAAUAGGUCAAAGCGAAGCUCAGCAGAGCAGCAGGGGGCGGAGGAGGUGCAGAAGCGCUACGGCGGCUUCUUGAGGAGGAUCCGACCGAAGCUGAACCACCUGAAGUGGGACAAACGUCAUGGCAGUUUCAAAGUGUCCGCGCGCGCCGACGAGCAGCCCUUUGAUCUGUAGCAGACCGAUCAGCUGCUUCAGUGUACAGAUGUCAUCCGUGUGUCGGUCAAUAAACGAAGCUUGUUUCAUAC